AUGUGCGAGAGAAAGAAAAUGCGGCGAAUAAAAAAGAUGUCGGCCGGAACUCAGCUGCAGAUGGCACCACAAACGACAAUAGUACAACAAGUUGGCCAGGACCAAACGCACCACCAUUCACAUCACAUGCAGCAGCACUAUAGCGGUGGCCAACAGCAGCAGCAACAUUCGCAAGUAUCCGCAUCUCAGCAGACUUCCGCCGCCGCAGCCCUGGCUGCCGCUGUUGGCAACCUCUCUACGCAACAGCAACAGCUGCACCAUCAUCACCACCACCAUCAUCAUAACAACAAUAAGGACCAGGACUCCAACAUGAGCACUGGUUCGUCGCAUAGUGAUAAGGAAAUUGAGGCGAUCGCGGUAGCAACAGCUGCCACCGCCGCUACCGCUACCUGCACAUGUGGCGUCGCCACGGCACCCACGCCGGAGAAGGUGUCGCGAGUUCCAGCGGAGCGGAAGCGCAAGCGGAAAGCCCCCGACGAUAAUGGUGGGCCCGGCGGAGGAGGAGGAGGUGGAGGAGAAACCGCGGCGGGUAUUGAUUCUCGCGGUGGUGUUGGGGGGGCCGCGGGGGUUGGCGGCCAUUUACGUGAUAGUAGAGAUAAUGUUAAGGGCCCGCGGCUCUCUUUGCCGCUCAGUGAUACUAAGAUAAAUGAUUACUUUCCCAAACAACCGGCUGGCACGCUGCUCCGUGCGCAUCCUGUUACGGUUGCGACAACGGUGGCCGGUAGCGCGCCUGCUGCUGGUAGUGGAGGCCGAGGUGCUACCAUCUCCUUGACCAGUGUCGGCGGUUCUGGUGGCGGAGGAAGCGGAGCGGCUGGUGGUGGCAACGGUCAAUCGACUAAGAGCAGUAGUAGCCCACAGGUUGGUGGCCCCUACCCAAUGUACCCGCCGUCGUCGUCGCCCCAGUCCCAACACCUGCCCGUGGUCAGUAGUGCGGGAGGUGGUGGUGUGGCAGCACAGGUUGGCAGCAGUCCCACACCCCAGCAGCAGGAUCCAUUUAGCCGACCACAGCGACAACCAUCGGUUAACGCUUCCGUGCUAGUUCCUCCUUCUUCGUCCGCCGCCACGGCAGCGGCAGCAGCGGCGGCAGCCGCAGUUGCGGCGGCCGCUGCAGCCAUGUCCGCCCUCACCCAAACGGCGUCAUCCACCGGUACGUCGAUAUUGAACGCGUCGGCAGCAGCGGGCCCUACCGUCGUUUCCUCGGCAUCUCAACAAAAGACUAAUCUGGCCCAACCUGCCCAGCUACAAAAGCAACUACAACAGUCGUCGUCACAGCAGCAGCGUGAGCAGAAACAGUCAACGACGCACUCGGUGGCGCAGCAACACUCUAUUGCUGGCUCGCAAACGAACGGCGGCGACGGUGGCGGCGGAGGGUCCAGAGUAUCAUCGGGCCAGUCUCAAAUGACACUAGCAACCUCGUCGCAGCAGCAGCAAGCAGCGGUGGUGGUGGUGGCAGCCCAACAGACCGCGACGAUCGCCAGUGGCGGCGGUAUGCAGCAAUCGUCGCAAAACGCCUCCCAGCAUCAGCAGCAAAGUGUGCAGAAGAGCACUGGCGGACUAGGGACCACCAAAGCUGGCGGCAUUCCCACGUCGGCGGUGGUGGUGGUGACUUCAACGCCGGUCACAGUGAUACCUAGCGGCGCUGCUAACCACCACAGCAUUACUGGAGUGGGCAGUGGUGUGGGAGAGGGUGGUGGCGUUGUUAGCGGUAUCGUCCUUCCAUUAUCCAACAGCAGCUCCAACAUCAACCUGUUACUCAGUAGCAGUAGCAACAGCAGUAAUAGCAAUAACAGCAGCACCGGAAGCACCAGCAAUGGCGGGGGUGGCGUGGAUGGUACGGCAGGGGCCGUUGGAGGUGGCGGUGGGAUAGGAGCUAGCAAAGCGUCCAUUGCUUCGUCCCUCGCCGGAGGCGGAGGGGCGGCUGUGCUUGGUAGUGGUGCGAAUAGUUCCACCGCCGCGCAACCUGCGACCGCGGCACUAUCGGCCUCGUCCUCAACGGCGGAGGCCGGAGGGGCCGUGGGGCUUUCAGCGUCCGCGACGGCAUCGUCGUCGUUGGUGACCGCUGCGCCACCGAUCAUGGCUACGAAGCAGGUGCAGACCGAUUUGACUCAGGCGGACAUUAGCGAGCGGGAGCACGACUUCGACGCGAGUCGGACCCGUGUCGAUGAGCUGGCGCGAUUGUCGGACGAACAGAAGUGUCAGAUCAGCACACACCAAAAAGUGAUCGAGCAACACAAGAGCCACAUCAACAAGUGCAUCGAAGUAGUGAAAAAGCUGCUAAAGCAGAAGAGCAACAUCGAGAAGAAGGAGGCACGCCAGAAGUGCAUGCAGAACCGGUUGCGGCUCGGCCAGUUUGUGACGCAGCGUGUCGGCGCCACCUUUCAGGAAAAUUGGACUGACGGUUAUGCAUUUCAGGAGCUCGCAAAGCGCCAGGAAGAGAUAACGGCAGAACGAGAGGAAAUCGAUCGGCAGAAAAAAUUGUUGAUGAAGAAGCGCCCCACCAACAGCGAGGGUGGUCGGAAGCGCAACAACAACAGUAGUAAUACCGGAUCCGCGACCGCGUCCGCUACCGGUACCGCAACCGCCGGUGGUGGUGGCGGUGGCAUCGGUGGUAGCGCCAGCGGUGCGGGUGGGACCGCCAGCGGGAGUAACGGUGGAGGCAGCGCGGGUGGCAAUGCAGGAUCGACCGGUGGUUCGUCGCUGCACAACGGCAACGACAGCACGUUCCUCAAGCCCGACCCGGUCGUCAGUAGCAACUCCACCUUUACGCUCCAGGAGUACUACGAGUGCGACGAGAUACUGAAACUGCGUCAAAAUGCGCUCAAAAAGGAGGAUGCCGAUCUGCAGCUGGAGAUGGAAAAGCUGGAACGUGAGCGAAACUUACACAUCAGAGAGCUUAAGCGGAUACACAAUGAGGAUCAGUCACGAUUCAACAAUCAUCCCGUACUGAAUGAUCGCUACCUGCUGCUGAUGCUGCUUGGCAAAGGAGGAUUUUCCGAGGUGCACAAGGCGUUCGACCUUAAGGAGCAACGUUACGUCGCGUGCAAGGUGCACCAGCUGAACAAAGACUGGAAGGAGGAUAAGAAAGCCAACUACAUUAAGCAUGCGCUGCGAGAGUACAACAUACACAAGGCUCUCGAUCAUCCACGUGUUGUGAAGUUGUACGACGUGUUCGAAAUCGAUGCGAACUCAUUCUGCACCGUGCUCGAGUACUGUGACGGGCACGAUCUGGACUUUUACCUGAAGCAGCACAAAACGAUUCCUGAGAAGGAGGCGCGUUCGAUCAUCAUGCAGGUUGUGUCGGCACUGAAGUAUUUGAACGAGAUCAAGCCUCCGAUCAUCCACUACGAUCUGAAGCCGGGCAACAUCCUUCUAACUGAGGGUAACGUGUGCGGUGAGAUCAAAAUUACCGACUUUGGUCUGUCGAAGGUUAUGGACGAAGAAAACUAUAAUCCCGACCACGGUAUGGAUCUCACGUCACAAGGUGCUGGAACUUAUUGGUACUUGCCACCGGAGUGCUUCGUUGUCGGCAAGAACCCACCGAAGAUCUCCUCAAAGGUGGACGUUUGGAGCGUAGGCGUUAUUUUUUACCAGUGUCUAUACGGGAAGAAGCCGUUUGGUCACAACCAGUCACAGGCCACCAUACUCGAGGAGAACACGAUCCUGAAAGCGACAGAAGUUCAGUUUGCUAAUAAACCGACCGUCUCGAACGAGGCAAAGAGUUUUAUACGCGGAUGCCUCGCAUAUCGGAAAGAGGAUCGCAUGGAUGUGUUCGCACUGGCAAAGCACGAGUAUCUGCAGCCGCCAAUAUCGAAGCAUAAUCGGUCGUCAAACCAGCAAAACCAGCACGUUGGAGGUAACGUGACCAGCAAUAGUGGGCCCGGUGGGGGCGUUGGUGGCGGCGGUGGUGGCGGUGGAGGGGGCGGUGGUUCAGGUGGGUCGGGCGGUGCCGGGGGCAAUCCGGGAGGCCAGCAAACCUCUUUCUCCACCGGCAUGUUCGGCAACAUGAACCAAUCGAGCUCAUCUUAGCUGAUUUUUUGCAACUACACUAAGCGAAGCAGCGUCAGCGUCAGCGUCCCUGUGGUGCCCACUUUCCCUCUCGUAAGCCCCGCAUUAAUUGUUACGAAUACGCCAACGAUCAGUUCGUCCUCCUCGCCCAUCUUUGAUGCCACGAUAGCCGCCCUAUCUCUGAAGCCGCUUGCCGCAGCAAGCGGUAUCUACACUUCCUCUUCGCUUCGCGUGGUUCUACGAUGUAGUAGCAGCAGCGAGACUAACAGCGAACACAAUAUCACUAUCACUACUACCAACACUGUGACUAUGGCAAGUGCAAAUGAUGCGCACCCGGCCUCGGCAGGGAUGCUGUUUUGUACCU